AUGGAGAAAGCUCUGACUAAAGUUGAGAGCAUCAAAGCUGGAAGCUUUUGGCUUACAAAGAAAGCUAAGCAAGAAUUCUCCAACAUCUCUGAAGAUUUCAGUACUUUCUCAAAUACUGUUGAAGAGAAGGCAAAAUGGGUUUUCAACAAGCUAAAAGGGAAGCCUCUGAAAAGCUUACCAGUUCUUCUUCAGGAGUACAACCUGCCUCCUGGUCUCUUUCCCAUCAAUGCAACAAGCUAUGAAUAUGAUGAAUCGAAGUCCAAGCUGACUGUCUACUUACCUGCCGCUUGUGAAGUAAGCUUCAAGGACUCCUCCACAAUAAGGUAUGCCCCCAGGGUCAAGGGCAUCCUGAUGAGGGGUAAACUGACAGGCAUUGAAGGAAUGAAGACAAAGGUCUUGGUUUGGGCUAAAGUGACCACUGUAGGGGUUGAAGGCCACAAGUCGGACAAAGUAUCGUUCACUGCAGGUGUCAAGAAAUCAAGGCCGAAGGAUGCUUAUGAUGUUCCUCAGGUUGCCAUUAGAAUCAAAGAAUUUUGA